AUGAAUCGAAUCUUAUUCGCAGGAUUUUCUUUUUUUUUACUAUUAAAUUGUAUAUUGGCAAAACCACAAUGUGCAAUGUAUGGAAAUUGUGGUAAAAAAUCAUUAUUUGGGAAAGAAUUACCAUGCGCAAUUGAUCCGACUAAUUCUUCAUUUACUACAGAGCCAAUAACAACUGAAGUCCGUGAAUUAAUUAUCGAAGUUUGUGGUGAAGAAUGGUCCGAUGUAGACUCAUUGUGCUGCUCAAAAGAUCAGAUAUUAGCUCUACAAAAGAACCUAAAAAAGGCUGGAUCUUUUAUUUCAUCAUGUCCUGCGUGUGCUAAAAAUUUUAAUAAUUUAUUCUGCGAUUUUACAUGUUCUCCAACGCAAUCUGAUUACAUGAAUAUUACAAAGACUGCUAUUUCUAAAUCGCAACUACCAGUUGUUGAUGAGCUGGACUUUUUUAUUAAUUCAACAUUAGCUUCAAUAUUUUACGACUCAUGUAAAGAUGUUAGACUAUCUUCUACAAAUGGCCAUGCGAUGGAUUUUAUUGGUGGUGGUGCAAAAAAUUACACUCAAUUUUUAAAAUUUUUAGGAGAUAAGCAUCCAUUAAUUGGUGGUUCACCUUUUCAAAUAAAUUAUAGAUAUCCCACCAUUGAUAAUGUUCCUGAAACCUUCCGUAUAUUCAAUAAUUCAGUAUAUGCUUGUAAUGAUCCACAAUAUAAAUGUGAUUGCAAUGAUUGUGAAGCUUCUUGCUCAAACUUAAAAACACUAGACGAAAAUGAUAUUACAAUUGGUAGAUGGCAUUUAACUUCGUUCAUUUUGAUUGUUAUCUAUACGUUAGUAACCAUACUUGUAUUAUUAUCAGUGUCGGUAUCUUAUAUUAAGAAUAAAAGGAAAAAUAUUAGAUUAAGAAUUCUCUCAGAAGAUCUAGAUAAUCAUUUCACUUCAUCAGAUAUUCAUGCUAAUGAUAGCUUAUUCCAACAAUAUUCAAUUGUAACAAACCCUUUGAAUAACAAAAUUGAACAAUAUUCUCAAAAGGUCACUCAUUAUGCUGCUAAAAACCCAUAUUCCAUAAUUUACUCAACGUGCUUUAUAGUGAUGCUAUGUGGUAUUUUAUUAUUGCGUUUCGAUAGAUUAGAAACUGACCCUAUAAAUUUAUGGGUAAAUAAAAAUUCACAAAUGUUUAAAGAGAAACAAUAUUUUGAAGAGACGUUUGGUCUACUUCAUAGAACUGAGCAAAUCUUUGUUGUUAACGAAACAGGUCCAAUAUUUUCAUCAUAUGAAACUAUUAAAUGGUGGUUUAAUGUAGAAAAGAGAAUUACUGAAGAAUCAUUCAAGAAUCAAUCGUUUACUUAUCAAGAUAUUUGUAUGAGAUCAAGUCCUAACUCAAGUUGUAUUAUAGAAUCUUUUACUCAAUAUUUUUCUGGUGAGAUACCUGAUAAAUAUGUUUGGAAAUCCGAAAUAAAAUCAUGUUCUUCAUCACCAGAAAAAUGCUCUCCAAAUUCGUAUCAGCCAUUAGUGAAGAAUAUUUUGUUUAGUGAUGUUGACAAUGUAUUAAAUUCACAGGCAUUUGUAGUAACAUUAUUAUUAGAUAAUCAUACUCAAUCAGCAAUUGAAUGGGAACAAGAAUUAGAAAAUUAUUUAUUAAGUACGGGUGUACCUUCAGGUGUAAGGAUCAGCUUUAACACGGAACUUUCAUUCCAAAAGGAAACAAGCUAUCCUAGUAACAUAAGCUUUUUCUUUUUGUCUUAUUUAUCAAUGUUUAUUUACUCGUUAUGGGCACUAAAAAGGAAAUCAGGUGAAACUAGAGUUAUAUUAGGACUGGCAGGAGUACUUAUCGUUGCUGCAUCAACAACUUGUGCUUCAUCGCUAUUAACUAUUCUUGGUAUAAGGUCUAAUACGAUUAUUACUAAUGUUUUAACAUGCUUAAUGCUAGCCAUUGGCUUCGAUAAUAUUAUUUUAAUUACUCGUGAAUACGAUCGUUUAUCCGAACAAUAUUCCUCUAUGGACUUAUACCAGCGUAUAGAAAAAUCAACUGAAAGAAUAUCCCCAUCUAUCAUACUAUCAUUUCUUUGCCAAUGCAGUUGUUUCUUAAUUGCCUUGUUUAUUCCUAUACCUGCGCUUCGUAGUUUUGCACUUUAUUCUGUUACUUCAUUUUCAAUUAAUUUAAUUCUCCAAUUUACAACUUUCAUAUCUGUGCUAACAUUAUAUGAAAUUAAAUGGUCUACUAUUAAAUUGAAUGUUAGUGAACAUCCAGAGCCUAUUAAAAUGUUUAAAUUAUCAAGUAUAUUACCUUGGAAGCAUUAUAUCAUGACAUUCUUCGGUGGGUGGUUUUUGUUUUCAUUGCUAUUUAUUCCUGAAAUUCAAAUAGGUCUCGACAAAGCUUCUAUUUUGCCUCACAAAUCUCAUUUGUUAAAUUAUUUUGAGGACACAUAUAAUUACUUUAAAGCUGCCCCCCCUGUUUACUUUAUUGUCAAAGACUUAGACUUAACUCAGAGAAAGAAUCAAAAGAAAGUAUGCGCAGAAUUUUCGACCUGUGAUUCUGAUUCUUUGGGUAAUAUUCUAAAGGCCGAAACCAACAAAUCAAUUAUAAUUGGUCCAGUAGCAAAUUGGCUUGACGAUUUCAUGAUGUUUUUGAAUCCUGAUUUAGAAGAGUGUUGCCAGGUGGAGAAAGGAACUCAAAACAAAUGCCCAUUGCCUAGCCAAAGUCAAGAUUGCGAAGUAUGCUAUAAAGAUAGAAAAUGGAGUUAUAAUAUGGACGGGUUCCCCGAAGGCUCAGAUUUUAUUAGAUAUUUAAAUAUAUGGUUAAACACAUCAAAUAUUCCCUGUAAACUCGGAGGUAAGGAUUUGUAUUCAAAAUUUAUUCAUAAAGAUGAUAAUCAAGUGAUAUCUUCUGUUUUUAAAACUUCACACGCUCCAGUUAGUUCCUACAAAGGAUAUCUCACAUCAUAUUUUGAUGUAAUUAGAAUUCCAGAUUUUUUUAAGGAUCUAGAUAUAUUUGCGUUUUCUCCAUCCUAUAUCUACUUUUCUCAAUAUAACAAUAUUAUUAAGUCAACUCUAGCGUUAUUAAUUACAGAGUUAUUACUAUGCACAGCAAUGAUUGCUGUGCUUUUGAAAUCACUUCGAACUUCUAUAUUAUUAUCCAUUUCUAUUAUGAUGACCUUAGUUGAUCUUGGUGCAUUCAUGAGGUUUUUCGGUAUUAUGUUAAAUUCUGUUAGUGCAAUGAACUUAGUCAUCUGCGAGGGGUUUGUAGCUGGAUUUUGCAUACAUAUCGCGAGAGCGUUCACCAAUAUUCCAAGAGGAAUGAAAAAUGAUAGAUUAGGCAGGACAAUAUUUUCACUUGACACUGUUGGUUAUUCUGUUAUACUAGGCAUUGUUUUAACUAAAAUUGUUGGUAUUUGUGUUCUUGCAUUCACAAAUUCCAAAAUGCUUGAUCUAUUCUUUUUCAAAAUGUGGCUAUUUUUUAUUAUCAUUGCUGCCUUCCAUUCUUUGAUAUUAUUCCCCACACUUCUCUCAGUAUUUGGCGGAAAAAGCUUUGUAGAUGAAUCUAUGAAUUAUGAUACUUAUGUUCCACUUAAUAUUUAA